UGUGUUUUGAUGCCUAGGUAUUUCCAGAAACAGGAUUAAAUUCGUUUUUCUCUGCACGGUGGAAUUCAGCCAUAUUCUCCUGUUAGCAUAUAGAAGGCCAACUCAUUUCCUACAGUUCUCUUGGGCAGCUUUACAGAAACAUUGGCAAUGCGAUUGGGUUUAUGUGUGAUUAAACUAAGACUUUGAAGAGUGGGCCUAAUAAUGUUGAGAAGAGGAAAAGCUCCUUGAGGUCCUGCUCGGAUCAAAAACUUUGUAUUCUUACUCCUCCUUGGAUACUCUUGUAGUUAACAUUCUGCUUGCUCAUUUCUCUCCUAGAACUUUACAAAACUCCCCCUGUGUUAGGAAUGGCCGCCCUGCACAAUGCUUGUGAGUGGUCUUUGGAGUUACAGCAUCUGAGUUUCAACUCCACCUUCUUUUCCUAUGUGACAUAUUUUCUAUCUAUCCACUUUUCAGCCUGUCGUUCCUGUUUACAGAUACUGGUUCAGUGAUAGGCAUUGGAAUUCCUUUAUUGUUACCUCCUGAAAUCUGUGUGUCUCCUUUCUUUUUCCCCUCCUGGGUUGCUGUGCCCACUUGCUUGGAUGAUUAUAGCCUUAAGUAAGGAUCCACUGUGCUCACAUUAUUCCAGUCCCUAUAUUUUGGAUUAGUUUCUGUAAAAGCUGUGUGUGUUGAUCUUAAUCUAGACAGGCACACAAGCAUCUUACAUUUUGAAGCCCCAAACUGAGUUGGCAUUUCCCCAAAAUUUGUUACCUACUUUGGGGACUGACAUUAUUAAACUGGUAUCCCAGCUAAAAACUGAGAGUCACUCAAAGACUCCAUAGUCCUCAUUAUGACCUUUUCAAAAAAAUUCCCCUAAGCUUGCUUGAAUCUAUCUCCUUCGUCCCCACUGACUCUGCCUCUUUACCACAAACUGAUUCUUCCAUUUUCUGUAUUCCUUUUCCCCAGACUGGAAUCUGAUACUUUACUCCCUGGAUUAUAAUAUGCCUCCAAAAUGUGCUUUUAGUUUCCUUUCUCUGCUGAUGUUUGUAAAAUAGAAUAUAAUUACUUACUCUUGAGAAUUUUUAAAUCCAUAUCUAAAAGUUUUUAGUGUAAGCUUUAAACAUGCAAAAAUAUACCUUAACCUUUUACAUACCCAAUUAUACCAACUUGGGAGUUGUGGUUUCUGCUUUUCAAAGGUGAGCAAAUGCUUCAGCUGUUUUGUACGGUUGCUUUUUCUUCUGAAUAUUCCUACCUUAUUUCUCCCCCAAAUUUAUCCUAUUGUAAUUUAAAAGUUCUUACCACUCCAGCAUGCUACAUCAAAAAGCAUAUAAAGUGCUAUUUUCUUUGGUUUUAAUACCCGAUAAAUUAUAACCAUAGUUAAUUCAUAGUGGAUAAUGGGUAAAAACCAAGUGACUUAUGUUUUAAGCAAAAAGCAAAAUUUUUAUUGAAAGUGCAUCUUUUAAAGAAAUAGACUUAGGUAUCUGGUGCGCCUUAUGAUCUCAAAUUGUCUCAUAGUUAGGACCUCACUAGUUUUAUCUUUUUUAAAUGUUUGUAAUGGACACAUAGUAGCUCACCUUUUGACAGUGCAAGGUAUAAGAUGGGGAUGGAAGGACACCUUCCUUUUGUGAGAUAGAAAGGAAGUGAAGCAGCUGAUAGGAAAGGGACAGACAACAGCUUUGGAAAUAAUAUGUGGAAGCUGUUGAAUUGAUAUGGUGUUGAUCCUCUGAAAAUGCAAAGCCUUGUUGUAUAUUUCUUGUAAGUGUGGGCCUUUAGCUGUGUAUUGAGGAAAGAAUGGACUUUUCCAGAUGAGUGUUGGGGUCUGGGGAAUACUACAGGUUCAUAUUCAUAAAGAUCCAAAAGUGAAUUAUGGGGAGAUGCAGAAAUAAUGGACUUAGUAGGCCUUGCUCAAUGAGUCACUUUAAAUGCUGUUUAUCAGUCUGAAUAUUAGUUGAGGUAGAGAGGCAGAGUUAAGGAAUUAGCUUAAUUGUGAAAAUAUCCAAAGCAAAUUGUAUCUUCAGUUUUUACUUAUGUGAUUCUUCUUUGAAUGGACUUAAAAUCCCACAUUAUACACAUGCAUUUACAUGUAGCCUUUUGUUUUCGAAUUUACUUUUUUUAGAUGAGAUUAUUUGAGAACAUAAUUGUUUGUUGUGGUCUUUCACAGAUUACUCAAAGGGUUGCUUAAUAUUGAAAGUAUGGAGCCAUGCCCCCAUAAGCAAUUUCUAAAUCUAGAUUAAGUUCCCUUUCUCUUUUCCACUCCUUUCUUCUCAAACUAGAAUAAGAGUUUUUUUCUGCUGAAAUGUCUUAUCUGUCUGAGAGGCUCCCUAUCCCAUCAUCUUUAUCCCUUCCUUUAUUCUAUUUUGCAAAAGGAAGGCAUUUUCAUGUCCCCGUCUUACACCUUGCAUUGUCUAUCUCAGGAUAGACAAACUGCUGCACGUCCAGAACAGGUCAAGCGUGUGAGGAUUGGCAGUGCCCUAGGUGUGAGUUCCAGCACUUGCAGCUGCUGGUUUAUUACUUCCUUGGUCAGUCAGCAAUUGCUUCUUGAAUGAGUGUUUCUCUACUGAGGCUGAGCAUGUUAAUCUAAAAAAUCUGAAGGGUUUUGAGUGUUAAUAUGAUAUUCAAAAGCCUCAGGACACCCAACCAGAAAAAUGUAAGCAAGUUGAAAGCAUUCUUGGUUUCAAGUGUUUUGAAUAAGAACAUUCAACCUUUAUCAUUUAAAUGAGCCAACCUACAUGUUCAUGCUAACCAGAGUUUAGAUGAUGACUUAUUUAGAAGCAUUAUGCACAUUAGAAAGUUGGCUUUAUUUCUGAAUGAAAUGAAAAUUUACUUUGAGUUGUUCUCUAAAUCCUCAUUCCUUAGAGGCAAGGACAGACCACUUUUGAGUCAUAUCUCAGAUACUGUGACUGGGUUCCUGUUAGAAUUUUAGGAUCCUAGAAUUUCAGCACUUUUAGGAAAAAGGCAGUUAAAUUACCAGUCGAUACAGUAACCCUUUGAAUGCUGAUUGUGUUAUGAUUGCUGUCUCCUUGAUUAUCAUUUGACACUCCCAAAACAAAAGCAAACUUUGCCUGGAAGGGAGGAACAGUUUAAUUGGUGAUGCUUUAGUGGCUGUGUCUUUGCUAAAAGAGUCAGAUCUCCUUGCACUGGUGCUGAUCAUAAUACACUAAUUUUCUACAUUUUAGAUGUAAGACAGAGCUGGAUGUGGUAGAACAUGCCUUUAAUCCUCCCAGCACUUGGGACUCUGAAUUCAAGGCUACUCUGAUCUAUGCCAUAGGUGGUCUUCACAUUAUCCUCUGCAAUCUCUCCUAAGUGGUUAUCGGUGCAGCUGUAACGAUGAGCACACAUCUUACGGAGAAACGGGAGUCCCAGUUCCUCCUUUUGGAUGCACCUUCUGUACUGCUCCCAGUAUGGAGCAUAUAUUAGCAGUUGCUAAUGAAGAAGGCUUUGUCAGAUUAUAUAAUACAGAAUCACAAACUAGCAAAAAGACAUGCUUCAAGGAGUGGAUGGCUCACUGGAAUGCUGUCUUUGACCUGGCGUGGGUCCCUGGUGAACUUAAACUUGUUACAGCAGCCGGUGAUCAGACAGCCAAAUUUUGGGAUGUAAAAGCUGGUGAGCUAAUGGGAACAUGCAAAGGCCACCAGUGCAGCCUCAAGUCUGUAGCUUUUUCCAAGUUUCAAAAAGCUGUGUUCUGUACUGGUGGGAGAGACGGCAACAUUAUGAUCUGGGACACCAGGUGCAACAAAAAAGAUGGAUUUUAUAGACAAGUGAAUCAAAUCAGUGGCGCUCACAAUACUGCAGACAAGCAAACCCCUUCAAAACCCAAGAAGAAACAAAAUUCAAAAGGACUUGCUCCAUCUGUGGAUUCCCAGCAGAGUGUUACUGUGGUCCUCUUUCAGGAUGAGAAUACAGUAGUCUCAGCAGGAGCCGUGGAUGGAAUAAUCAAAGUAUGGGAUUUACGCAAGAAUUACACUGCUUAUCGACAAGAACCCAUAGCAUCCAAGUCUUUCCUGUACCCAGGUACCAGCACUAGAAAACUAGGAUACUCGAGUUUGGUUCUAGACUCUACUGGCUCUACUCUGUUUGCUAACUGCACAGAUGACAACAUCUAUAUGUUCAAUAUGACUGGCUUAAAGACUUCUCCACUGGCUGUCUUCAAUGGACACCAGAACUCUACCUUUUAUGUAAAAUCAAGUCUUAGUCCAGAUGACCAGUUUUUAAUCAGUGGUUCAAGUGACGAAGCUGCCUACAUUUGGAAGGUUUCUAUGCCAUGGCAUCCUCCUACCGUACUCCUGGGUCAUUCUCAAGAAGUCACGUCUGUGUGCUGGUGUCCAUCAGACUUCACCAAGAUUGCAACCUGCUCUGAUGAUAAUACACUAAAAAUCUGGCGCUUGAACAGAGGCCUAGAGGAGAAACCAGAAGGUGAUAAACAUUCCAUAGUAGGUUGGACCUCUCAGAAGAAAAAGGAAGUGAAAGCCGGCCCAGUAUCGGCACCAAAUAGCCUGAGCACCCCUGCCAAAGCCCCCAGGUCCCAGUGCAGCCCAUCUGCUUCCUCUCCUUCAUCAGCUCGUACUCCAAGCUGUGCGGGAGACCUCCCCCUUCCCUCAAAUACCUCCACCUUCUCAGUCAAAACCACUCCGGUCACGACCCGUUCUCCAGUCAGCAGAAGAGGUUCCAGCUCUUCUGUGUCUCCCAAGCCACCCUCAUCUUUCAAGAUGUCACUUAGAAACUGGGUGACCCGAACACCUUCCUCAUCACCACCUGUCACUCCACCUGCUUCUGAGACAAAGAUCUCAUCUCCGAGAAAAGCCCUUAUUCCUGUGAGCCAGAAGUCAUCACAAGCAGAUGCUUGCUCUGAAUCUAGAAAUAGAGUGAAGAGGCGUCUCGACUCGAGCUGUCUGGAGAGUGUGAAACAAAAGUGUGUGAAGAGUUGCAACUGUGUCACUGAGCUUGACGGCCAAGUGGAGAGUCUUCAUUUGGAUCUGUGCUGCCUUUCCGGCACCCAGGAAGUCCUUAGCCAAGAUUCUGCGGGUCCUACCAAAUCAAGCAAGACGGAAGGUACUGGCACGAGCAUCUCAGAGCCCCCUUCUCCUGUCAGUCCUUUUGCUUCUGAAGGCUGUGGACCACUGCCUCUUCCUUUGGGACCUUGUGGAGAAGGAUCUGAAAUGGUGGGCAAAGAGAAUAGCUCCCCAGAGAAUAAGAACUGGUUGUUGGCCAUGGCAGCCAAACACAAGGCGGAGAAUUCAUCCCCAAGAAGUCCAUCAUCCCAGACACCCAGUUCCAGGAGACAGAGUAGAAAGACGUCACCAGGCCCGGUCACCAUUACCCCCAACUCCAUGAGGAAGAUAUGCACAUAUUUUCGCAGAAAGACUCAAGAUGACUUCUGUAGUCCUGAACAUUCAACUGAGUUAUAAAUUCUAAUCUCAAAGUUUGAUGAACUUGGGUCUACAAAGAUUUUUUUAAAAACCUUUAAAAUCUGGUCUUUAAGAAAAUGGUCAUGUUUUGAUUUUGGAAAAAAGUUCUAAUACUCUUUGGCAGACCUAGUCAAACCCCACUGUGUAUAGACACAGCAGCCUGGGUGAGUGCUGUAUCCAGUUCACGGGGCGGCUUGUCCUCUGCAGUCUGUGAUAACCACAUCCAGCUCAUGGAUGCAGAAAGCCAGGCAUGCUUCUAUGGCUAUGGAGAGUGUCCACUAGCCCAGCAUAGGGCCCAUCUGUGAGGCCAGUCUGAAGUCAUCCUUUGCAGAAGGUAGAUGCCUUAAGCAAUCGUGAGCUUAUUUGAAAUACAUAAUUUGUUCACUAUACUUUUGUGUGUGUGUUUCUCAAACUGUAUGAAGAUGUGAUAUUCAUGGAGUACAUUCAUACUGUUUUCAUGGACCGUAUUUUGAGUUGAGGUCGUGAUUAUUUUAAAUGCGGUGAUCAAUGUCAUGUCUUUGGAGAACAUAGGAGAAAACAACAGAGAGCUGGAUUUGUUUCCAUGAAAGCUGGGGAGGUCCCAUAUUUUUUUUACCAGAUUUCUAUUACAAACCAGCAUCACUCAUGUGUGGGGGAGGCACUUUCUUGAGAGGGAUCCUUUAUAAAAUCAGUAUACACUAAAACCAGAGUCUACAUUUAAGUGUAAUUCUCAGUUUUCUAGGUCUGUGACUUUUUUAAAAUGCCAUUAGAUUUUUAAGAUAAAGUAAUUUCUUACUAGUGUUUUUUAUAAAAGACGAUACUACAAAACUGAAAAUCUAGAACCUGGGUUUUUUUGUUUUUUUUUUUUUUCUUUUUUUCAAAAGGCACUGGCCCUCUAGUAUAUUGGUAAGCAAAAAAUAAACACAGCACUUUAUCUAGACAGUGCACAGAGUGUGACAGCUGACUCUAAAUAGUAUUUGAAAUUCUGCAGCCUCUGCCUUAAAUGCUACAUGUGGGUCCUCAUGAAAUGAGCAUCAUGCCUCCCUUUGCAGACUCCUGGAGAGGAAGAAACUAUGUUUGAGAAAGGCAUUCAUUCCCUUACAAUUAGGACAGAGUUUGUUCCAUUCAAAUCUCUGGGGACUGGUUAAACUUUAUUUCUAUUAUGAUUUUUAAAUCUUUUAUUAAAAACUUUAAGUCCUUUGAGAUUGUAAAUUAAGCUUAUAAAACAAACCAAACUGAGAUUAAGUAAUAAGCAUUGGUUUUCGGUAAUUUUAUUCAAAAAAAAAUUAAAGGAAGUCAGAUUAGUCAGACCACAUACACACACACACACACACACACACACACACACACACACACACAGAGAGUGGCUUUCACUGAGUGCUGGAUGUCUGCAGUAAUGUUAGCGUUUUGAGCAGUAGGCAGUGGGAAGAAAUUUUUAAUAACGCAGAACUGCCAAUAAUGUUGCAUAUCUGUUGCUCUGAGAGCAGGUAGUGGUGGUCAGUAAAGCAGAUGACUUGUGUCUGUGUCUGGAGGCACUGCCAGGUGAAGCUGGGGUGAGCGGCUGUCAGGAACUCCAGGCUGUGCUUGAAAAGUAGUCCACAGAUGGGUGUCCAAGGUUAUGUGUAACGAAGUAGUGAUUAUCCCUGCUGUGUGAUUUUCAGCUGACCCUGAAUAAUAAGCCUUUUACCUUGUCUGAUAGUGUCCUUUCCUAAGCUUUUUACAGUGACCUGAAAGCAAUCCACACAAAAGGAAGUAAUCAUCUGAGUCCCUUCUGCUUGCUUGUAGAAUAAAAUGUGUUUGUUUCCAAAGGUAUAAUCUAAGAAAGAGGUUCUAAUAAAUGUUUUAUUUCAUCAAA